UUCUUAUUUAUGCUUUAAAAUUUGCCCCAAGGGGAAGCCACCGUCCGGUAGUCGACUACCAAACAAUGGAAACUAAGGAGGUAGGAAUUUGAAUCCUCGUGUAUUUCCCACGAAACCCUUGGACUGUGUCCAAACAAGAGAUUAGGACAUCGGGAAGAUCCAAUUUUCUCACGUUGCGAGCAACGAAACGAGGCACCAAGAGAGUGGUAGACGCUCCUUAGCGAGGGGAUAGAGAGAGAGAGAAGGUUGGGGAAUAAGGAUGGGAGACGAUCGGGUGAAGGCGGAAGCGUCGCAGGUGCUUGGUCUCUUCCAGGUCCUUCCUCGCCUCGUCGUCUUUGAUCUUGACUACACCAUCUGGCCCUUCUAUUGUGAAUGUCGUUCCAAACGUGAAAUGCCAUCCCUGUACCCACAUGCCAAGGGUAUAAUACAUGCUUUAAAGGAUAAAGGAGUUGAUGUAGCAAUUGCUUCUCGGUCACCUACACCAGACAUAGCAAAAGCAUUCUUGAAGAAGCUAGGGCUUGAGGACAUAUUCGUAGCAAAAGAGAUUUUUUCAAGUUGGACCCAUAAAACUGAGCAUUUUGAGAGAAUUAAGCGGAGAACAGGAAUCCUUUACAAUUCAAUGCUUUUCUUUGAUGACGAGUAUCGCAACAUUGAAGCUGUUUCAAACAUGGGGGUCACAAGCAUUUAUGUUGACAAUGGAGUGAACCUUGGAGCUUUGAGAACCGGUCUUACAAAGUUUGCAUCAAACGCUGCUGGUGGCAAGAGAACGUGACCUAAUUCAACCACAGGAGCUGCAAGCUGCAUUGGAUAUAACACAAACUUAGAUCUAAAGAACCUAAUGCUGCAGUUUGAGUUUAGAAGAACUUGAAUGAUGGAUCAAAGGUCUUUUUUGUGGUGAUUGUGUGAAGCACUUAGCCAGCUUCAUCUUUGCUUCUUUACACCUUCAUUCUGCCUUUUGGCCUUCGCUUGAUGAUUGGAACUUUGUCAUCUAUUUCUUGUUUAAGCUACAGUGUAUUAAAUCCUCCUCUCUAUUUAAGAGAGCUUUUACAGGAGAAUUGGCGGGACAAAUCCGUUGAAGAUUUUUCCUCAUAGAACUUCUAAGAAAAUUGAGAAUGAAAAUUCCAUGUCUAACUUGGAAACUUGAA